UGUGAUUCAAAUCCAACUUUCAGACUUUAAGUGUACACUUGAACAAACACUGCUUGCUUGAUGCAUAUAUUUGGAAUAAAUAAACCUAUUUUAAGUAUUGGGCCUACAUGUAUACAAUCAGUUUUAUAAGAGUAGACACUCGUAGACUAGACUGACGAUACGAAUGUAAAAAUGGGAUCAAAAUACAAACACCUUGAUAAAGAAUACCUUGUAGAGAAUGGAGAGAAUGACACUGUGCCCCAUUUGCCACCUGGAUCCCCUACGCACGUGACCGUACAAGGGACUCCAGUACGAGCGACAGGUGACGGACAUGGAAUUUAUAUGAACAACCCGCCUCCAAUAAAUGAGGGGACCAUAAUUCCCCCGCCAGAAGGUUUAGACAAAUCACGUCCUGGAUUCGCAGAAACGAAAGUGUUCAAGCUUUCACUAUUGCAGAUUUGCCUUGGUGCAUUAGCUAUGAUACUUGGGAUAACUGUGCUCGUGACUCGGACUUGGACAACUGGCGCUGGAAUAUUUAGCGGCUUGUUCUUUUGUGUGACUGGAAUUGUUGGUCAAAGUGCAGCUCGAAAGAAAACAAAUUGUACUAUAGUUGCAUAUCUCGUGCUCAACAUUCUGGCUAUUAUUUUAUUUGCAAUGACUUUAAUAACUACUGCUGCUAUUGGUAUAACUCGCGAUACAAGAGUGAUGCAAGUGUAUGACGACGAUGGCGUCACGACAGUUGGCAGUGUUACAAACAACACGAUAGAGUCCACGAGUAACACUCCAAUAACAAUAUCACACGACUUUACGACUAAUCCCAUGAGCACCACAACACAUCACUGGCAUUUCGUACGGCAAAACUACCCAUAUCGGAUGGUUCAACACGCUAUCUUGAUGCUGUGUGGCGUUCUCCAUUUCAUCAUGUGCAUUUUGGGGAGUGUAUUUAGUGGAAGGGCGGUAUGUGGAAAAAAUGCUAACCGACCUAAAAUUGUAUAUUAUGUACCGGUACAGAAGCAGCAAGAAAUGACUGAUAUGAGCACUGCAUAGAAAAAGGACAGUCACUAUAUAUACCAGUCAAUUAAAAUGAACAAAGAUUAUUUAGAUUAAAAUGUUUAUGACAUGAUUAUGCUUCACAGGGCUGUAGUCAGGGGUGUCACCUGUGGCCCAAAAUUCUCUCAAAACCAUGCAGUUUUUACCAUUCUGAGCAUUUUUCAAUGAUUUUUGGCCAAAGUUGUCA